GGGAAGUCAUGACGCAGAAGUCAUUGGAAGCGAGAGACUUAAGCCUGUUCGUUACUCGCUCCCAUCUGUGGCCGUGAUGUGGUCGAGGUGACGGGCGACUCGGGCCGCAAGCGCAAGAACCGCACCGACAUCGAGUACUUCACGAAGCCGUUCCUGCCGCAUCAGUACCGCCACCAUCUUGAAGGGCAGCACAAGGAAUCGUGGAUGCUCUACCAGACGCUGUCGUCCGAUGAGAAGAAGAGCUACUUCAACGGCAUGGCCAAGCGCACCAACACGCUCCACAACUACAUGGACCUGUCGACCGCGUCGAUCGACUACGUGAUCCAGAACAGCAUCAUUGAGACAAUUAUCGGGGACUUGUUCUUUCGCGAUGACGACGAGGACAGCGGCGACGACAACGAGGACGCGGCCGCAGCCAUCGCCAAGAAGGCCGCCAAGAAGGCCAAGGAGAAGGUCAACGCGAUGAAGCUGUUCGUCAAGAAAGUGAACAUCGAGACGGGGACGUAUACGUACACGGCAACAAUGAAGAACGAGAUGCGCUUCGAGCUCGCCAUGGACCACGUCGGUGUCGGCAUGUCGUUCCGUCAAACGGCUGCUGCCAUCGAUCAUGCCAGGAUCCGCACCAACACGCCGAAGCUGCAGGGCAUGAACGACCUCAUCGUCGCACAGUCAGUCCGUGUUCUGGUGGCCGUCGGGCUGCAGAUGAUCGCCAGGAUAAUCGACGAUCCAUCGGUGUGGGCCUUCUCUCUGGCUGGCGACGGCAGUACUCACCGCGGCCAGUCGUUCUUCGACCUGCGCACCCGCGUUUGUUACCGCGGCUUCCUCGUCAAUCUGCACCUAAUCGCGAUCCCUAUGUUCGAGCGUCACACUGCUCAGAACAUCUUCCGCAUGCUCGUCAAGUUCCUCGAUGCGCUGUACCCCAACUGGCGCGCCAAGCUGAUCGGCUUUUCAUCGGACGGCGAGAAUACGAUGACUGGGCGUCAUGGGGGGCUGGUGACGCUCAUUGUGAAGGAGGCCGAGAACGACGUCAUUCGAAUCUGGUGUCCGCCUCAUCAGAUCGAUAUUGUGGUCAAGAAAUCCGCCGAGUGCGUCUUCGAUGGCAGCUGGGUGAAGAUCGUGUACGACUUUUCGGUGUACCUCCGCGCCCAAAACAACCUGAUCAUCAAGAUGAAGGUCAAGUGCCCCAGGAAGGCUAACCGAUGGGCCAAUCUCGGGAACGUGCUCAAGUUCUACAAGCAGUACCGCCGAGCAUUGAUCGAGUACACUACUGAGAACAACCCCGCGAAGCUGCCCACCGCCGAUUGGUGGGUUCUUACCUACGCGCUCGCGCCCGCCAUCGACGCCAUCAACGUCACUAUCGUCCAGCUCCAGAGCCAGUCGCUGCUCAUCGCGCAGCAGGAGGAGCAUAUUCAGUCGCUUAUUGGGUCGCUCACCGUUUUGUUCAGUGUUGAGAUUGUUGAUGGCGUCAACAAUCAUGAUGAGGCGUACGUGUCGUAUCAUGAUCAGUCGAUGCGCAUUGCGUCUGCCGCGAUCAUUGCCCACAUUGAGGACCAGGGAUCGUUUGCGCAGGAGAGCUACGAGGGUCUCAAUGAGGUCGACAAGACAAGGAUCGUCAAGGAGAUCUCGAUAUAUGCGAUGACGCUGAUCGCGGGUCUCAACGACGUCAAAGCAGAACGUAACGACGCCAAUCGAGCUCUCGACCAGGAUGCGGCGCCCGUGAUGACCGCUCAGCUCGUGAAGAUGCGUCCUGGUGUGUUCGUGAAGGACGUGCUGGCAGUGCGUCGCGUGCAUGUUACGAAAUUCCGGUCAGCUGUGAAGGUCGACAUGGUCGAGGAGGAGCAUCGCCAACUGGUCAAGCUCUACAAGGAGGACACGAUCAUUCACAACGCCAUCAACAAGCACACCAACACGACGACAUUCAACGACGCGUGGGAUGUGCUGCCGAGUGGUUUCGACAACCUCCGCGCUUUCAGCGGCGGGUUGGCAUCGGUGCUCGCCAACACGACGGCGGUCGAGUCGGACUUCUCGAUACUCAAGUGGGAACUCGACGAGUUCCGCAGUUCUAUUAUGCAUCUGUCCCUUGAGGGCAUCUUCCAGACAAAGCAGCGUCGCCUCCUGGUGUCGUUGCUUCAUUAGCGAGCGUAAAUCAAUAAAACAAUGGGGCUCUAUAGAUGAUCUACAUUUAUUCUACAAACUAAUCCUGGCGGUGUCUACAAACUAAGCUAGUCUGUAUAGUUUGUAGAUAUGCACAGUUUUAGGAGGCCUGGGUUAGUGCGCUGCGCCACGAACCUGGCAACCCGGGUUCGAUUCCCGCUCACGGCCAACACCAGUGACGAUUAUUUGAACCGGUCCUGGGCCUCCCCUAGGUCGACUCAGCCUAAAAUGAGUACCUGGUGCAGUGUCUAGUAAAUAUCGCUACUAGGGAGACAAAGGCGGCCGGGCAUGGUGUUGGCCACCCACUCCCUCGUGUGCCAUGCCGGCCUUCAUAGGUGCUCGCUAACAGCACAGUCUGUUCAGGUUAUACUGGGGGAUCUUGGUCUGCGUGUGUGUCUUGAGUGUGUACCUGCGUGUGUCUGAGUGUGUGCCUGCCAAUUACCAUCAGGGGAAAAAACGGUGAUCCAAUCUUCGACCCCCAGGAACAGGUUUGCAGAUUUGCUGAGCAUUUCCAUGAGGUCCUGGGUGAGUGGAAAUCCCUCAGCCUGGAAAACAUCGUGGGUCAAAGUGGGGAUGACCCUGCUGAGGCUGCGGUCCCAGCCAGAGAAGCCUUUAAAAGUCAAAGAAAUGAACAUCAUGGUCAUUUCCUUCUUCAUAUUGUGUUUGGUGUGCGUACACCCGCUUGAAGCAGUUAGAGUUACUCUGAUGCCACAUGGAAGCAUCAGUGCUGGCAAGGUCUUGACUCUUACGUGUAACUUUACAUCAGAUGAAAAAACUAGUCCACAGACUUGGAUGACCUGGAGUUUUGGAAAUGCUGAGGUCUGCAUAUAUAUGAAUAAUAAUUUCAGGCCAAUCUCCAACGAAGCCUUCAAGCAUCGAACGACCUGCAAUGGUGACAUCACGAGCAAUUUUAUCCAAAUGUCAAUAUCUAACAUUCAAGUUAACGACAGUGGAAUAUACAAGUGUGACGUCAGCAAUUUCCCCGAUAAAACACCAGGACAAGAAUCCACCAAUAUUUAUAUUGAGAAAGAUUCCUCCCACAAAGGAAGCGAGAGAGAUUCUGGCAACAAAGGAAGUGGGUCACAUGACGUCAACUGUCUGCUGCUGUUGCUAUUGCUGCCGAUUCCAUUGGCUAGAGGAACAGCCUACGGCUAGAUACAAGCAGCCGGGGUAACAAAGAAGGCUUCGGUGAUCUCCGUUACCCUGCUUUUGACACGACAGCACGAGUAUAUGUGUGGUGUAUGUAUCGUGUGUGUAAAGUGUAAUCAUGUUGUACGUAUGUGUUAUACAUAGAAUGUAGUGUAUAGUAGUGUGUAUGUUGUGUGUAUUUUAAACUUUGACACCGAACGUAGCCAACCACGCUGAUUGGAGGUGCGGGGAAGGAAAACAAACUAUAACAACACCAACAAGCAGCAGCAGUUCUAAAGCAAUGGAUAUAGACGAUGAUGGUUUAAAAAUCGCCAAAAGGCGUACAGUUAAAAGACAACGCACUAUCAGAGUAAUGAUCGCUCAGGGUAAGCAUCUACAUCACGAGGCCUCCUUUGCCAGGACCAAAAUAUAAUAAUAGUUUUUUCCCCUUUUUUCUGGCAACAAAACUGAAACCUUUUUACAAGGAAUAAAAGAAAGCCGUCUCUGGUGUGGACCAAUCAGUUUCAAGGACAAUGCAUCAUAUUAUCAGAGUGUGUUUUUUGGUUAAUGCAGACAUGAUUCAUCGUAAAAAAAGUUUUCAGUUUUGUUGUCAGGAAAAAAGGGGAACAACCCUAUUAUUAUUAUUAUCAAACUAUUUUGUUUAUUGUACCACUUGUACGGCCCCGCCGAGCUGCUGUGUAGUCGCUCUUGUUCACAAGCGACCCCCUGACCAUCACAAAUGACAGAGAGAUGCAGACUACAAUUAUACAGCAGCUUCAAUAGUCAGGGUCAGGAUCGAACCCACGACCUCCUGUAUACCAGGCGAGCUAGUUAACAUCUCCUCGCCACCGUCGUGAUGAUGAAAGAGAGACAGAGAGACGCAGACUCCAAAUAUACAGCGGCAGCAGCCAUCGUCAGGGUCAGGAUCGAUCCCACGACCUCCUGUAUACCAGGCGAGCUAGAUAACAUCUCCUAGCCACCGUCGUGAUGAUGAAAGAGAGACAGAGUUAACAUCUCGCCACUGCGGUGCCUUUUAAUUAUGGAGGGGAGGGGCUUAGUUCGACGCAUAAUCGUACAGGAGGAUCUCAUAAUGCACUGCUUUGAAGCAAAAGCUACCGGACCAUGAAAAUGGUGGCGAUGACGACGAUGAUGACCAGAUGCCAAAAAUUAUCUGACUACGCAGGACGAAUCCAUGAUAAAAGUGGUGCUCAUUGCACACACAAAGUGCUCGCCACAACAACACCUCACCGCUGGCCUCGUUAAGGAGCAUAAACGGCCAUCACGCGAACUCUGGUGGCCAUCAUCGUGCGGCGCUUUCGGAUGCGCUUCUGCGGCUGCCCGGAACGCCGUCUCCCCUUCCCAUAGUAGGAAGCCGCAGGUGGCUAUCCGGCACUUUUAAAUUCAACGUCUUGAUUGACAAACCCAUUUCUUUAGAACUGCUGCUUGUUGUUGUUUAGUUUGUUGUCCUCUUCCCGCACCUACGAUGAACACGGAUGGUUAUGUACGGUGCCAAAGAAGUUCACAUGCAUACACAUAACAUACAACAUACAUAAUACAACACACACAUAUGUACAACAUACAUACAACAUACAUACAAACGCUGUUGGAUCACAAGAAGAGUAGCGGUAGCAAUGACGGUCUGGAUAACCAAUAAAUAAGCAAAUGCACGUCUGAUUAUAUCACAACGUAAAGUAAAAUUCUAUUUAAUCCAACAGAGGCGGCGGGCUAGGCAUCUCUCCACAUAAUCAAUACAGCCAUAUCUGACACAUCCCAUCAGCCGCAUGAACGAGAUGUGAAUUCCCUCGCCUGGUGUGCAGGUGGUCGUGGGUUCGAUUCAGACCCUAAUGCCUGCUGUAGACUAACGCGUUUGUGUCUCUCCUCUCUCCCCGUGGUGGUCACUGCGUGGAUUUGUCUCUGGGUCCUCCGGUUUUUCCCCUCCAAGUUUAGAAUCAAUGUCUCUACGUAUUCACGCGAUGAUAAGCCACUUGGUUGAGCUAACUAAACAAAUACUUUUUUUUUCUGUAAAAGAUGUGGUUCCAGACAUACAGUACCCUGGCGUCUACAAACUAAGUUGCCUCUGUGGUAGCAGUUACAUUGGAGAAACCAAACGACAUGUCUCGGACCGCAUCCGUGAACAUAAGGCAGACCUGAAACACGGUAGGACAAACACCUCAGCCGUGGCAGAUCACUGUUACAAUUCAGUGGGCUCACAUGACAUUGACUUCUCCAAGACAGAGGUUCUCUGCAAGCCAUCUGGCUAUCAUGAGAGAUUCGUUCAUGAGGCGAUCCACAUAUACAAACACAGAGACAAUUUCAACCGAGAAGAUGGAUUCUGGCUUAGCAAUCAUUGGAAGGACGUAAUAAACCAUUUCGGAUCUUAACUGAUUGUGUUCACGUUUACGGUGACUUUCAGACCGCGUUCCACUCACUGGCAUGGUGCAGUGUGCAGAGUAAUGUAUGGUGUCGUAAUUGUAUAGUAAACAUAUAGCAGUGUGAUACACAUUAGGGUGGGUAGAAUAAUACAUAGUGUUAUAUUAAAAUGGAUAAGGCAGCAACUGCAGCAGCAGCAGCAAGUGCAGCAGCAGCAACUGCAGCAGCAGCAACUGCAGCAGCAGCAGCAACUGCAGCAGCAGCAGAAACUGCAGCAGCAGCAGCAACUGCAGCAGCAGCAACUGCAGUAGCAGCAAUUGCAGCAGCAGCAGUAACUGCAGCUUCCUUUGAUGCUGUUAAUCCUGCAUAAUGCACAUGCAUAUGCAGUACUAAUCACAUUCCUGCAUUUCCCAUAAAUAUGCUAAAUUCCUUUGGAUAUGCAAAUUCCUUUGUCAAUGCGCCCAGCUUAUAUAUAUGCUCCAAGCUCGUGUGCUGUUUCAUUCAGACUCUGUCGCCUCGACGGACCUGGUUUUCACCUGAGGACGGCUGCUUGCGUUGUGGCCGAAACGUCGUGAGAAUUGUUUUAUUAUGUUUUAUUUUUAUUAUUUUAUUACUUCCCUUCUACUUGACUUUACCGAAAGAACCAAGAAGAUGAAUCCCUGCAGUCACGAAAGCUUUAAAUCGAAAUUUAAACAAAUACUAAACUAUUUUUUAUUUAACCAGCUCAUGCUCCACUGAGCUAUUUAGCUCUUUUUCAGAAGUGAACCUGGCCAUCACAAAUUAGAGCAGUUCAACGAAGUGACUGAUUAUCGUCAUCGUCGCGUGGCAAUUUCCGCAGCAGCCAAAUUUACUAGACGCGUGGUGACGUUGAUUCUAAAUGUGGAGGGGAAAAACCCGGAGGACACGGAAAAAAAACACGCAGUGGACACCACAGAGAGAGAGAGAGACGCAGACUCCAAAUAUACAACAGGCAUUAGAGUCUGGAUCGAAUGCACGACCUCCUGCAUACCAGGCGAGGGAGACAACACCUCCUAGCCACCGCGGCAACCCGCUGUUGCUGUAACGUGGAUUUCAACCACUUGCUAAGCAAUGCGUUGGCAAUUCAAAAGGGAGCCAUUUCGCUGAACUCCUAAUGCUUUGACACCAUACCAAAGAUAAGCUAUGUUAUUAAACCUCUCGCAAUUUCCCAUGAUAUGCUAUUAAGUUAUUUUAAUAUACGUUUUCAUGUUUGUGUUGUGAUGUGUUUGGGCCGUGUCUGCGUAAACCAAUCGGCUACAGUGAGAACCGGGCACACCACCUGGGGGUGAUUUAGUCCCACGAUAAGAUAUUUGCACUAACCAUCACUGAAGGUCGAAUAGGAGAUAACCCUUAUCUGCUAUAGGCUCAGUGCAAUAUCGAUCUUUUCUUAUAGCUAUGGUACAUUUCACAAUGCGACGAUUUCCACAACGUGCCUGGCCUAUUCGUUGUCCGUGCUUGUGUUGCUUGACGAUUGACAAAAUAAAAAAUUGCCUCGGAGUCU